CAGAUCCACAAAAUCACACUCAGACAAUACCUCCCUAUAAAACCUGAUUCUGAGGCUUAAGAAAACACUUCAAAGCAGAGGGAGGAGCUCAAAGCAGGCAUAAGGGUGGAAUGACUUGUCCAUAGUCACCCACCUAGAUAUCUGGGAUUCCAUGUCUCAGCUCUAGUCCUGAUGGACGAUGCUGUGGGAAGCAGGGGCAACCUUUAAACCUCCAACAACAAUGUGCAAGGCUGCCUGCCCCCCAUGCAUUUUCCUCAGAGUUGUCUGAGUCCAGGAGAGGACAGAAGCUGAUAAUGGAGAACAGAAGCCCACUGGUCAUGUUGUGUUUUCGUUCUGUGCUGCUGCUGCUGCUGCUGCUGGUACAGCCUCACGGCCACCAGGGACAGACCCUGAGACAUUUACUCCCCACCCAGAGUCAGGACCCUCCUGCUGUGUGCCUCAGCAAUGGUCCAGGACAAGAGCCCAUCACCAUCAUGACAUUUGACCUCACCAAGAUACAAAAAGCCUCUUCCUCCUUUGAAAUUAGAACCUGGGAUUCCGAGGGAGUGAUUUUUUAUGGUGAUACCAACCCAAAGGAUGACUGGUUUAUGCUGGGACUUCGGGAUGGCAGGCCUGAGAUCCAACUGCACAAUCAGUGGGCCCAGCUUACAGUGGGUGCUGGGUGCCGGCUAGAUGAUGGGAGGUGGCAUCAGAUGGGAGUGAGGAUCCAUGGGGACUCAGUGCUGCUGGAGGUGGAUGGGGAGUUGGUGCUCUCACUGAGACAGGUCUCUGGGCCUAUGAGUAACAAACCACAGCCCAUCAUGAGGAUUGCGCUGGGGGGACUGCUGUUCCCAGUCUCGGACCUCCUGUUGCCGUUGGUCCCUACCCUGGAUGGCUGCCUGCGCCAGGGUAACUGGCUGGACCAACAGGCCCAGAUCUCAGCCUCUGCCCCUGAUAGCUUCAGAAGCUGUGCUGUAGAAUCCCAACCUGGGAUAUUCUUCCCUCCAGGAACUCGUGCAGAAUUCAGUCUCCAAGAUAUUCCCCAGCCUCAGGCAGAGCCCUGGGCCUUCUCACUGGACCUGGGACUCCAGCUGGCAGCAGGUUCAGGCUACCUCCUUGUCCUGGGCACUCCAGAAAACCCUUCUUGGCUCAGUCUCCACCUCCAAGAUCAAAAGGUGGUGCUGUCUACCCGGACAGGGGCUGGGCCCAGGCUGGAUCUACCCCUGGUCUUGGGAGUUCCUCUUCAGCUGAAACUACAUGAAUCCAGGGUGGUCUUGAGCCAGGGGCCAAAGAAAGAGAUCCUUACUCUCCUUCCCUGGGAUGAUGGGUCCCUUCUCAACCUCUGGGCCCAGCCCCAGGGGCAUCUCUUCCUUGGAACUUUGCCAGGAGAGGCCUCUUCUGCCUCUUUUUGCUUGGAUGGCCUUUGGGCACAAGGCCAGAAGUUGGACAUCGACCAGGCCUUGAACAGAAGCCAAGACAUCUGGACUCACAGCUGCCCUCACAGCCUAAGUAAUGAUACUGAUACCACCCAUUAAAUCCCUGUCUAAGGAUCCUC